UGUUUUAUUAGGUUGGAUCUGAUUUGGUGAUUCCUGCGUUUCCGAAGAUUAAAGUAGCAUUUUCGUCGGUUAAGUAUAAUAUUUGCGUAAGGCAACUUCCGAUAUUCGCGGUGUGUCAUUUAGGUUUUACCACACGGUUUGAAAUGUUGCCCAGUUUUUUUAGAGAAGAAUUUUCUCCGGUGUAUCAAUGUGAUGAUUUUUACAAUGAUCCCUUCGCUGAAGUAUACACAUUCACUCGAAGUGAAGACGAAGAUUAUAAUAUUUCAUGUUAUGAUUUUGUAGAGAAAUCAACGGGUUCUGAAUCGGAAGUUGAGAUUCCGAUUAAAAAAGAAAAGAAAAUUCUUCAUAAAGCUCAUAACCCGGCAAUUGUAAAUUUUAUCGUUGACCUUUUACACAAUCCCAAAACAAAUCCAAAAUUGAUUCGUUGGGAAGAUAUAGAUCGGGGAUUAUUUAAGUUUAUAAAACCGGAGGAAGUAAGUAAAUUGUGGGGUAAAAGAACUCCGAAAACAUAUAGAGAAAAAGAAAUGGAUUUUGGGAAAUUUUCUCGAGCAAUUAGAUAUCAUUAUAGUCAAGGUAAUUUCGAAGCUGUCCCUGAAAAGAAAUUAGUUUACAAAUUUGGGCCGAAUGCGAAAGGUUGGAAAGAUGGAAUGUUAAAAAUUUAGUCAAUAUUUAUUGUUUAUUUUACAAUAAGCAAUCAUUUUA